AUGUCCGACGACCGCGACGUAGAAAACAUCGAUGUAGAAGACAAGGUCGCCCAGGAGGCUAAGUCUCGCAAAGAGCGCCCUACAGGAUCCAUUCAUUUUGGUGACACGGACUUCGAUGUUGCCGAGGAGAUCGGCGACGCCACCUGGAACGAAGUUUUCCAAACCUGCUGCUGCCACAGUCGCAACGAGUGGGGUAUGAUUGCUUUUGGUAUUUUUCUUGUUUGUUUCUUCCUUUACUUCUUCCUCGUUGGUCUUGAGUUGCUCGGCUCUGGAGCCAAGGUCAUGUCUGGUUGCACGGCUGGUGAGCUCUUUGGAGAUGAUACCAAUCCUGUUGCGGGAUUGAUGAUCGGUAUUCUUGCAACCGUCCUUCUCCAAUCUUCAUCCACAACCACUUCGAUCAUCGUUUCGUUGGUUGGAUCAGCCAUUUCAGUCCGCCAGGGAAUCUAUAUGAUCAUGGGAGCCAAUAUUGGGACCUCUGUCACAAACACGAUUGUAGCCAUAGGUCAGAUGGGCGACGGCGAUCAGUUGGAACGCGCCUUUGCCGGAGCAACUGUUCACGAUAUGUUCAAUUUUAUGAAUGUUGCUGUCCUUUUACCUGUGGAAGUCGCCACCGGUUACCUUUACUAUUUAACCAAGGCCAUGGUCAAAAAUGCAAGCACGUCCGACGGCGAAACUUGGGAUGGUCCCAUCAAGACACUUGUCAACCCCAUCGGAAACAAGAUCAUUAUUUCGAACAAGAAGAUUAUUACGGCUGUCGCGCAAGGCGAAGGAAACUGUGACGUCGGUGGUGGAUUCUAUCCCAUGAACUGUACCGAGGAAACAUACAGUGGAUGCGGCAAGAAGUUUGGUCUCAUUGGAUGUGACAAGGACUCUGGUGAUUGUCCAGCUUUCUUCCAGUCUGAUGCUACGGCCAAAGACGACAAGGUCUCCGGUGGCGUGGUGUUCUUUAUUGCCAUCGUUAUUCUUUUCACCUGUCUGGCUGGUCUUGUUACUGUGCUUCAGAAGAUGCUUCUCGGUAUGUCUACUCGUAUCGUCUACAAAGCCACCGCUAUCAACGGGUACUUGGCGAUUGUGAUUGGUGCCGGCAUCACCAUGAUUGUCCAGUCUUCUUCCAUUACUACUUCUGCGUUGACUCCUUUGGUUGGUAUGGGUGCCCUCCGUCUCGAACAAAUGUACCCAUUGACGCUCGGAGCUAACAUCGGUACUACUAUGACUGCCCUCAUGGCAGCUCUUGUUACUGAGGGCACCGGGGCGCUUCAGGUCGCCCUGGCGCAUUUGUUUUUCAAUUUGACGGGUACCUUGUUGUUUUACCCGGUACCAUUCAUGCGUCAAAUUCCUCUUUCUGCCGCUCGCCGUCUCGGAAGACUCACUCGCGUUUGGCGUGGAUUCCCUUUCGUAUACAUUGCCGUUGCGUUCUUCUUGAUUCCUCUCCUUCUUCUCGGCCUCUCUUCGCUUUUUGAAGACGGUAGCAAGGGAUUUACCGUCCUUGGAACUUUCCUUACUAUCCUUUUGGCCCUCGGUAUCCUGUACGCUUUUUACUGGUUCCGCUUUAAAGAAGGCAAACAGAAGUGUGCUGAUUGCAUGGGGGAACGCGAGAAAAAGCGUAUUGUCAUGCGUGACCUUCCAUCCGACAUGGAGUUUCUGAAGGAAAAAGUCCGUCUCUUGGUUGAGCACACCGGUCUUCCCGAGGAUGAGAUGGCGGAUGACGGAAAGAAGAGCGAUUCCGACACCCCUACCGACGACAACGAAGUCGAGGCGUAA